GAUAAUAGCUAAAAAAAAAAAAUCACCCUUUAUAAUGCAAGCGUCAACUAACGGCAGAAAAGCCUUCAGCAUUUUAGGCGAUUAUAUUUUAUUGCAUAAAAAAAGAAUCCAAUAUCAAAAACUUACUUCUAUCUAUUAUUUCAUUACGGUGCAGAUGCACAGCACUAAUAUAAUCGAUAAUCGCUGAAUAUUCGUUUUAUCUACUUCUAGUCGAUACUCAAAUCGGGUGAAUUAGAGUUGGGCAUACAAUUUUCAGUAUUACACAGGGUUAUACACUUUGAGGUUUCGAAAAUAAAUUUAUUUAAAAUGAAUUUCAAUUAAGCUUUUCAUGAAAUUGCUUCUUUACUUUAAAGAUUUAUCCUUGACACUAUAUGUAAAACACUAUCAACGAGUCAAGUGACAGUCUCGCGUGUUUUUCAAAAUUUUUUUUAAUCCGCUUCAAGAGAUUUUCGAGAUUUUUCGACACAUAUUGGGCGGUAUCUCAGCCAUAGCCAGCGUUUACCCAUGCACUUUAGAAACUCCGAAAAGGAUAACUCUAUAUAAUCGCUAGUCUCUAAAUUAUCCUCAUACUACUUCGAUACGUAAAAUGGGUGGAUUUGAGUUGGGCAUAUAAAAAAUGCAUAUUUUUUGCAAAUUUUUUGGGUUAUAUUCCAAUAGGCUUUAGUUGCUGCGGACAUCAGCACUGGAAAGUGAAGUCUCUUUCAGCGAGGUCUAAUGGAAGAUUUUUUUGUGGGUAGGUCGUCCGCUAAGAAACGAGUGAGUUGUCCCGAAUGUGCAGGAAGUUUAGAAAUUACGCGGUACAGUUCACGGAAGCCCCAAACAUCAUAGACAUUUCCUUCUUAACUAAGAGCAUAGAUGACUCGCAAUGUAGAUGAUAUUUAGGUGAUAUUAGGACGUAAUCUAUUGUGUUCCCCAAGCUGUGCUCUGACAGGAUUUCUGUUUCCUUUAUUUGCGUCUCGUUGAUCCUAGCCUACAAAUCACGACUGUCCAAUGUCACUCUUAGUAUCCUUGUGUUUUUGAAUUUUGACGACCUCGACCUUAAAAUUUAGGCCAAGUCGCUAUACCUUCAGCAAGCUGUUGAAGUGGUUCGUAAGUUUUGAAAUAAAUGGGGAAAGGAUGGAAAGAAAGUAGUUUACUUUUAAAGGACGUUAUCAAAAUACUGGUGGUGGAGCCACCCUCUGUUGUUGGAAGGAGCUUCGAUAUUAUAAAUAUAGGAUAUGUUUUAUAUUGCUUACUUCUCCUUAUUUUAGAGUAGUGAGAUGCGUUCAUGGCUAUCUCACGGUACUUAUCACGUUUACGAUAAUGAAAGGGUGUAACGGCGUUUUUGGUAAAUCUUGUGAAGCCAGUUCGAUAGGCUUUAUUGAAGUUGUUAUAUUUCCGAUGAUCCGGGGAAACAGUCGUGAGGCCUUUCAAACGAGACAAUUAUAUGCAAAUAGUCUGAUGCGAAGGUUAGCAGAGGACGUCAAGUUAUGUUAGUUAUCAGGCCAGUGCUAGUACUUUGCAACCGUUGAAACGGAAGCGUUUUGCGGACGAGCUCCUGCGCUUCGAUUUAUAAUGUGGGUCUUGAAGUUCUUCCAGCAAAAUGUAGUUUCAACUAAGCCGCUUGCGAACGACUGUUUUUUUACGAGUAGCUUUUGUUUUAUAUCAGAAAUACAUUCCGAGGGGCGACCGCAAUUAAAAAAGAUAAUAUCUUAUCUAUCUCUUCCACUAGCUCAUUUUUUAGAAACAUUUUCCCAUUUAAUAAACUAGGAGUCGUUUCCAGGCCAAUCAGAUGGCAAGCUAUGAUCACAGACAGAUAUUAUACAGAAUGCGGUCAAUGAAAAUUUUGAAUAACUUGAACGAUUUUCAAUGAAUUUUGAUCAACUUUUUUAUUAUCAAAUUUUAUGCCUUUUUUUCGGCAUUUUCCAUGACAUUUGCCAGCAUCUCGGGCGAUAUAGCAGCGAUUUCACUUCAAACAUUGUUCUUCAGCUCAUCCAAAGUGUUUUUCAAAAAGCCCCGCAAGAAAGUCUGGUGCAGUCAAUAUCCCCUCCUUUCGAUGCCACACAUCCGAGGAACUUUUGCCGCAAGAAUUUCACCGUUGACUCCGCUGUGUGAGUUUCCUGUUAGUCUCGAAGCUCGAAGCCAAGCGACAAAUAGUGUCACAAUAACUGAACGAUUGCACUCAAAGUACAUUGUAACUAUUUCCGCACGUUCUUUGAACGACCUUUUCAAAAAGCUUUUACUGCAAUCGGUUGAAAUCUGUCAAAAUUAUUCAAUGUUUCCAUCGACCACAUAUAAUCAAGGGAUGUGUAUCAAAAUUUUUGGGCUAAUUGGGAUAACUUCUCGCUUCAGCGUAGUGUUGUUCGGAGUCGGUACAGUCUAAGAUAUACAUCCCGGUGCUUCGUAUCAAAAUUUUUUUUUUUGCAUAUUUAACUUCUAAAAGGUACGGAUAGUGUUGUAAGUUCAUUAGUGAUGCGUUGAUUGCGUCUCGUGCUUUUCGGAUGCAAUAUGGAACUCACAUAGUUGACAUUUUUUAGUAUAGCAAUAUGGCACUGUAAAUGACGUUUUCGAAGUAGGUAGGUGGAAAACGAAGAAAGGAAUUACUUUUUAGUCCACAAGGUAGUUUUAUGAAAUACUAACCGAACAUUUGCGAUUUUCGAUGAAAUAGUUCCAUUAACUAUAUUUAUGGCAAUGAAUGCCGGUUUUUGCGGCAGUGAGUCUCUAUAUACCUCAACUCUCCUUAUUUUCUCUAUCAUCAUCAUUUUUUCCUAUCAUAUCAUCCCGUAGCCAAUUCUGCCUUGUGUUCUCCAUCUAUCUGCACCAUGCUAUUUUUUCAAAGUGCAAAUGGAGCCCUCUUCUGCCAUCCCAAUCGACCUGACGUGCAUGAAAAGUUGUUCCUGGAACUUAUUUAUAGACACGCAAAAUUUAUUCUCCAGCACACAAUUCUCGGUUUAAAUCUUAUUCUUCGAUAUCUAUUUUGUUAGGGCUAUAUCCAUGUGGGUACUUUGUUAUGAGGCCCAAUUAAGUGCUCCGAAUCAGCGCUGGUAUUUUAGAUUUUUCCAACUAAAUUUAACAGCUUAUUUCGUUAAGCGAAAAAACAGGAAAUAAAAGCUGCCUUCCGCCACGUUGCGUUAGAUGUCCACCUAAUGAAACGAUGCCAUUUCGUUUUGAUAAUAUGAAAAAUAAACUUAACGAAAUGAUUUUGCUUCGUCUCGACGCCAUGUAAAUGUUGAACCGCACUCACUCAAGGUUAACGCUAAUUUUAAAAUGGCUGCUUGCUCUGACAUUGACAGCACGCUUUAAUCUUAACGCUUAAUAUUAUCUGUUAACGAUUUAACAUUAACCAUGGCACUUCGUUGGCGAUAACAUUCUAUAUGUUUCAACCGAACCGAUAGAUUUUUUUUUGUUUAAGGUGAAAUUGCUUGCUCUAUACUUUUAAUGUCCGUAGCAAAAUUUAUGGUAUUCAUGGUAGGACUAAAUAUUAAUUAUCAUGGCUAAAUGAGUAAGUCUUCGGGUUUUGAUGAUAUAGUUCUUCGAUUUUGAUGGCAAUGUUUAUUUGUAUACAUGCGUAACGGCCCUAACGACAAAUGAUCGUUUAUAUGUAUCAGUAGAUCUGAAUGUGUGUUUGCUUGGAAAGAUUCAAAAACUGGUUGAUUAGUUUGCGUACAAACCGACGGAUAUGGCUAAAUUAACUCCACCCGUUAUUCUGCUUAAAUCGGCUCCCCACUAACUGCGAAUGGAUGACACACUUUUCGCAAUUUUCUAAUGGCGGCGGCAAAAAAUUUAUAUAUUCAUUCAUAAUAAUUGUACUCACACUUGUUGAUGCAUCUACAAUAUUUAAAAAUAACCACAAAACCAAUGUGGAAGAUUUAGAUAUAUUCGACGAAAAAAUAGCCGAGCCAAGAUCUGUGGGUCAAGUCAAAAGGGACACCAGUCUUAGUUAUGCAGCAACAAAUAUUGAUUCCAAGGCGGGUACUCGUGUGAAAACCAUAACCGUAAUUAAAAAUCACAGUGGAAAAAAUAAUGGGAAAUUAGUUAUUAAUCCUGCUUUACAUAAAAAUGAAGAAUGGGCUAGCGCUUUUAGGGAUAAUUUCGAUUCAUAUGGCGGUAUACCAGAUGUGCCGGAUAUAGACGAUCUCUUCGAUUUUGUAAAAAAGAAGGAUAAGAGUGAUAAAAAUGAGGAUAAAAAAGAAGUAGCGAAGUCAAAACCAAAAGAAAGUGGAAAAAAAGAAACGGUAAAACCGACUGAGGAAGCCUCGUCGGAAAUUGAGGCAACUACAGAAGCAACAGUGCAAAAAAUAAAAGGUGAUGCGGAAAUUAUACCUGGAUUAAAAAAGAAUCAAACAAAUGCACGUUCACAAUCGUUGGGUUUAGGCAAAGUGCCGACACGUGAACCAUUAACUAAUACAAAUUAUAAUAUAACAGAAGGAUCUAAAAAUAUUUUUUUUGAAAAAUAUAUACAAGAAGUUCCGAAAGGCUAUGAUUAUCCCAAGCCGUGUCCACAAGGAGGAAAAGGUGUUGUCAGCAUUACAAAUCCUUCUUCCGGUCGCUCAUAUGAAAUACCAGUAUCAGAAGAUUCGCCAGCGACGCCAUAUCUUGCACCUUCGAUUAACAAGAAAACUCAAGUGCUGGGAUCUCAACCACAAGUGAAUAGCACGCAAAGUGUAGCAUCUACAUUUGUGCGUCCAAAUUUUUCCGUUAAUUCAAUUUUACCAUCGCUGCAACCAGCGCCAGGAAUUACUGCAGCUUUCCCAGGUAAUCAAGGCUCACAGCCAGCACAAAUACCACAGGACCAAGGUGUGGGCUUUUACACCAGUCAACGUCCAUAUAUUGCUCCCAAUUUACGGAAUAGCUUUAAUGCUAACGGUUUUACGACUUUGCGACCGUUAUAUAGAAGUGAAAUAACAACUUAUCGUGGAAACACAUAUUUGCUUGGAGCAAAUAGAGGAAAUGUGGGUAGAUCGCGUGGUCUAAAAUACUGAUAAGAUUGUAUAAGUAUAUUUUUCAUAGAUACAUAUUCAAAUAUUGUUUUUUAUCUUAUAAAUAAAACCAUUUAUCGUUAAUAAACAAAAGUAACACCAGUAACGAACAAUAUUAUUCAAGCAAUAUAAGAAAUUACAUUAGUACAAUGAUUACUUGGGGCAUACGAAACGUUGUUUUUAUAAAGAAAAUUUUAGUGUCUCGCUAUUUCCUUUAUUUCUUACAUACAUAUUUAAUGUAUGAGC